AUGAUCCGGUACAGCAUCACAGGUGUUGGAGCUGAUCAGCCACCUAUGGAAAUUUUCAGUAUAGACCCCAUCUCUGGCCGUAUGUAUGUAACAAGACCGCUGGACAGAGAAGAGAGAUCAUCGUACCAUCUCAGGGCACACGCUGUGGAUAUGAAUGGGAACAAGGUGGAAAAUCCCAUCGAUCUCUCCAUCUACGUCAUCGACAUGAAUGACAACCGGCCGGAAUUCUCCAGCUUAGUGUUCAAUGGCUCAGUGGAUGAAGCUUCCAAGCCAGGUACCUAUGUGAUGACAGUGACCGCACACGAUGCUGAUGACAUCAACACGUCAAACGGGAUCGUCAUGUACCGCAUCAUGGCGCAGAGUCCGCAAAGCCCAUCCCAGGAUAUGUUUGUGAUCCACAGCGAAACAGGAGUCAUUAAUACAGUGGCGGCGGGUCUGGACAGAGAGAAAGUCCAGCAGUACACCGUUGUCAUCCAAGCCACAGAUAUGGAGGGGAACUUAAACCACGGAUUAUCCAACACAGCCACAGCCAUCAUAACUGUUGCAGAUGUCAAUGACAACCCACCAGAAUUUACUUCUAAAAUGUUCACUGGUGAGGUUCCAGAAAAUCGAAUCGAAGUUGUUGUGGCCAACCUGACUGUGGUAGAUCGAGAUCAGCCAUAUACACCCAACUGGAACGCCAUAUACAAAAUCAUUAGUGGUGAUCCUGCUGGCCACUUUACUGUCAAAACUGAUCCCAUCACCAAUGAGGGCAUCGUCACUGUGGUGAAGCCAGUGGACUAUGAGAUGAACAAAGCCUUUUUACUAAACAUCAUGGUGACAAAUCAAGCACCUCUGGCCAGCGGGAUCCAGAUGUCCCUACAAUCCACAUCUGCGGUGACCAUCUCCAUAGUGGAUGUAAAUGAAGCCCCUUACUUUCCCAACCGAAAUUGA